GAGCUCACAAAAGUGUCAAAAUUUUAACCUUUUAUAAAAAAAAACAGUAGAAGAUAAAUAUAGGGUAUUCUUGCAACUUUAUCGAUAUGUGUUUUCUAUUUAUGGAUUCCUGUAGAACUUUAUGUUGUUAAUGUUAUUAGGGAUUUUGAAGAAAAUGGAAUGAAAAUUAUUUAUUCGAAAGAAAUAAUAUCAUAACAUGGCGCGAGUAUUCAGAAUGUGCGGCUAUACCCCUCGACGUCGAUUCACCGCGUGUCUUAUAUUCCUAGUCUCUAGCGUCUCGUUGACCAUUUUCGUCUCCAUUCUACGAAUUUCACACUUUCCCCAAGAAGAUUUAAUGGAAAAAACUAUUGCUGAUAUGCAUUCCCGUAUGCGAUUCAUAGAAUCCCUCUACAGGGCUCGUCAAGAAGAUAUCAUAGCCCUACAAAAUAAAAUCUACAGCACGAGAAGCAAUACAACGUAUAAACAUGCCGUUGUCAGGAGCAAUUCACAUCAUUUCACCGUUCCACCAGAAGUUGUAGCAAUGAUGAGAAAUCUUACUGGCAUGAAAGCAGCUUCGGGUUUGCAAACGGAAACUUUAAGCUUGAUGCAGACAUCAUUUGUGUAUCAGCUCCUUCCUCAUCUGAUGGCUACCCCGACUAGUCUACAGCCUGCUUAUCACUUGAAGGGAGGAAGGCUGUUCUCCGAAGUGGUUAUCGGUAUACCUACCGUAAGAAGAGAUAAAGAGAGUUAUUUAAUGAUAACUCUAUCGCAUUUAAUCAGUGGCUUGACUGCGGCGGACUUGAAUAACACACUUAUCGUUAUUUUUGUCGGCGAAACUGACUUGGAAUAUGUCCUCAACAUCGCCAGGCAAGUUGAAAUAAAGUUUCCAAAGCAUGUGGCUAACGGUCUAGUUGAAGUAAUAUCUCCAUCCGCUUCAUACUACCCUAACCUUGAGAGCUUGCCACUGACUCUGGGUGACUCCUUCAAGAGGGUUAAAUGGCGAACUAAGCAAAACCUUGAUACAAUAUACUUAAUGGCUUACGCGCAGACGAAGGGCACCUUUUAUCUUAUGCUAGAAGACGAUGUCAUCGCAAAAAAUAAGUACAUGCAGGAAAUUAAACACUUCACAGCUGCUACCUCUGUUUCAACACCAAACUGGUAUUUCUUAGAGUUUUGCCACGUAGGCGGAAUAGGGAAACUAUUUCGGUCUGCAGACCUCAUACAUUUUAUCACCUACGUUCAGUUGUUUUACAAAAACAUGCCGAUUGACUGGCUCCUGGAAAGUUUUCUUGCCGAUCGAGUUUGUACUAUCGACAAGUCCGUCAACAACUGUGGAAAAAAUAAGCUGCAAAUACGCCCCAAGUAUAAGUCAUCACUGUUUCAACACAUUGGUGUAUAUUCUUCCUUGAAAGGAAAAAUACAGAAAGUAAAGGACCCUCAAUUUGGCGCGCUAGCAACUUAUUAUCCCCAUGACAACCCGCCGCUUAAACGUAUAAACACUGAUAUAAAGGAGCAUUCGGACCAUACUGUCAAAAGGGCUUAUGAAGGAAAAACCUACUUCUGGGGCAUUAAACCGAAAGAAGGUGACGUCAUAGAGUUUUGGUUUGCAAAACCGACUGCUAUUGCGAGUUACAUAUUCCGAAGUGGAAACGUCGAGCAUGUAUCCGACAAGUUUUACAACACUGCGGUCGAAGUAUUGCCGGUGAACGCAAGCAAGCAUUUUAUUUUUGUGGACGAAUUUGACGAAUUUGGCUUAGCUGAAGGCGAUCUGAAGCGCAGUUUCGGACCGCUGUUGGCCAUUCGUAUACGCGUUACCAAGGAUAGCUACUAUUGGACUGUUUUAAGUGAGAUUGGGUUGAAGACAUUUGAUAAAGCAAAGAAGAGUUGACGGUCGCAGAAAAUAAGUUGGGGUCUUUUUACAAAAAAAUCUACGGAUCCGCCACUGCACAAACCUUUUAAAAAGGUUGUAGUCAAAGGGCAUUGAACAUUCCAUUUAAAUCUAUAGGCAGAUAUUAUAUGCUUUGAUGAUUGGUGUUUUAAUAAGAGAAAACAUAAUAAAUAACUACGAUAUAAUUUACAACUCAUUACUAUAUCGAUUCUCUUGGUUCGGAUGAUUUAGCGAACUUUAGCCAACGAUGUUAUGUACCUACUAUACGUGUUACAUUUAUAUUAACAUGGCGUAUAAAACUGCUCGAUAGUGAGUAAGACAGAAGUUACGAAACGCUCGAGAGUAGAAGAGAUAGGGCUCUACAAAGUCUACCAAGUGCCGUUGCUUUAAGUCUUCAGUUUAGGUAAUCUACUUCUUUUUGCAUAUAUAUUAUCACUGACAAUAGCGUAUGUUUUUUGAUUAAUUUGAAUAAAAAAACAUUACUUGCUUAAUAUUCUCGAUGUAAUGAGUGAUGUGUGAUGUGAGUAUAAGUUCAUGAUUAUAAGACAAGUAAAUUAUUUUGUUCAAACU